AUGGCCUCGCUCCACUGCAACGGCUUCUCGGCCCACCUGUCCCUCCUCGCGACGCCGCUCCAGCCCCUCUCGUCCUCGGUCAACCCGCACGCGCCACACGCCGUCGAGGGCAUCUACGCCGCGCCGCUCGCGCCAGGUCAGCCGUGGACGCUCGUGUGGAGCGACGACCGUGCCGUCCCAACCGCGGUCGAUGCGGGCGUGCUCGUGUGCGACGGAGCCAACGCGCCCGUCAGGUGCGAGCUCGAGCAUGGCAAGCCGACGAGCCUCUCUGGGUACCUCGACACGGGCCCUCUCAAGAUCACGCUCCUCCUACGCGACCAGGUCGUCAACGAGAUGGUCGCCAUCUUCGUCAUGUUCUGCGCCGACAGCACCUCGACCGCCAACCCGACGGGCUCCGAGGCCGUCUUCCUCCCGACCGACCACCUCGCCGCCGCCGGCCCGUCGCAUCGCCACGCCGCGCAGAACCGCGAGACGCUCUACAUGCCCCACCGUCGCGACAUCCGCCACGACAUCGACCUGCACCGCCGCAUCGCGACGCCGCAGAGCAGCCCAGAGACGAUGCUCGACGCCGCCGGCGCCGAUGACUCGGGCGUCCUCCUCACGACGCCCGAGCGCCGCGAGCGCGCCCAGCUCGUCGACCUCGAGACGCUCAGGCACACGGAACGCGAGCUCGACUUCUACCGCGCCGCCGUCCACUCGCUCGAGCGCAGCAUGUCGCCCGCGUCGCACAUCCGCUUCCUCACCGAGCGUCUCGUGCGCGACCGCACGGGCGGGCCCGACUGCCCGCAGGCCGACGACCGCGCCCUGACGGUCGCCGCGAGGGUCCACACGGCGGUCGCGAGGGAGCAGAUGCUGCGGCAGUUGGGCGAGGAGCGCGAGGCGGCCGUCACGGAGGAACUGGCGGGCGUGCUGCGCAUGCUCCCCCUCGCCCGCCCGUAG